CUAAUGGAUCAGAAGAGACAGUGAAAUCUCCUCAGGUGAUCAUCUUCAUUAAUCUGUCCAGUCGUCUUCAGUUGAAGAAUUUGAGUAAGAAAGCGAGAUGUCGGCCUGCCGUUUGAUCCUCCUGUCUGUCGUGGUGGUUCUGCUGAGUGCAGUCACGCUUACUGAAGGGAUGCGUUACAAAGCCAAGACAAGCGCCUGCUGCUACUCCUUCCACCAGCGGCCACUGAAGUCCAGCAUGGUGACCAGCUACAGCCUAACCAGCCCGCAGUGCUCCAAACAGGCCAUUCUGUUCAAAACCAAGAGGGGAAAGGAUGUGUGUGCCAACCCCAUUGACGCCUGGGUGAAGGAGCUCGUCAAGUUUCUGGACAGCAAGCCAGGAAGCCAGGGACCCAUGUAAUCAUGCUGAGCUUCAGCUUCAUCAUCAUCAUCUAAUUCUAAGAUGGGUUUCGAGAGGAUUUGAACAAAUUUUAACAACGUACAAAUCUGUGAAAUGCCACUAACAAUUCACCAUAUUAAAGCUACCUACUGCAGACUGAAUGUUCUCUUUAUGAAUGUUAUCAAUUUUUGUUUAUUUUUUUCUAUUUGCGACAAUUGAAUUGUCUGAUAUUUUAUUCUACUGGUCACUGUAUUUGUGUAUUUUAUUUUCGGAGCAUUCUGAAUGCACUGUGUUUAACGUGUGUGAUAUGAAGGAACUAAAAUUAUUUUAAAAAAUGAAAUAAACAUAUGAAGAGAUGCAAGCAU